AUGGUUUAUCGAGUACAAUAUCGUGUGGGAACAGGGGGAUGGGGAGGGGGGACUUUAAUAAAUUAUGACGGCGAUUUAAAACAAGGUAAAGCUAAGACGCAGUUGCACGAUUGGAUCAAUGAUAAAAUAAAUGUAGAAGAAACAGAGAAGUCGUUGGGUACUAUAGUUAGUUUAGUGAGUAAUUGGGAAUGCGUCCCUACCGUCCUGGACAGUUUACCUGGCUACACCUGUAAUAUUCUGCAUAUUUUGGACCAAACAGAAAGCGCGGCUAUAGAACGGUUGAUUACUGAGUUGUUUAAUCAAAUAGUACAGAAUUAUAAUCUGACACUUGAAGCUUUCCUUGAAAAUGGUUGGUUGAUAGAUGACAAGUUAUUGUCCGCUUACAGCUAA